AUGGCAGCAUCACCCCUGAAAGUGUGCAUCGUGGGCUCGGGGAACUGGGGUUCAGCUGUUGCAAAAAUAAUUGGUAAUAAUGUCAAGAAAUUUGAGAAGUUUGCCUCCGUGGUCAAGAUGUGGGUCUUUGAAGAAACAGUUAAUGGGAGAAAACUGACAGACAUUAUAAAUAAUGACCAUGAAAAUGUAAAAUAUCUCCCUGGACACAAGCUGCCAGAAAAUGUGUUCAUUCACAGGAUCUGUGACGAGAUCUCUGGGAAAGUGCCAAAGGGCGCGCUGGGCAUCAGCCUCAUCAAGGGCAUAGACGAGGGUCCCGAGGGGCUGAAGCUCAUUUCUGACAUCAUCCGAGAGAAGAUGGGCAUUGACAUCAGUGUGCUCAUGGGAGCCAACACUGCCAAUGAGGUGGCUUCUGGGAAGUUCUGUGAGACCACCAUCGGCAGCAAGGUAACGGAGAAUGGCCUUCUCUUCAAAGAACUUCUGCAGACUCCAGAUUUUCUAAUUACAGUGGUUGAUGAUGCAGACACUGUUGAACUUUGUGGUGCCCUGAAGAACACUGUGGCCAUGGAAGCUGGGUUCUGUGACGGCCUCCACUGUGGCGACAACACCAAAGCCGCCGUCAUCCGCCUGGGGCUCAUGGAAAUGAUCGCCUUCACCAGGAUCUUCUGCAAGGGCCAGGUGUCCACGGCCACCUUUCUGGAGAGCUGCGGCAUAGCCGACCUGAUCACCACCUGCUGUGGGGGUCGGAACCGCAAGGUAGCAGAGGCCUUUGCCAGGGCUGGAAGGACCAUUGAAGAAUUGGAGAGGGAGAUGCUGAAUGGGCAGAAGCUGCAAGGACCUCAGACUUCCGCUGAGAUGUACCGCAUCCUCAAACAGAAGGGGCUGCUGGACAAGUUUCCACUGUUCACUGCAGUGUACCAGAUCUGCUACGAAGGUAGGCCUGUUCAGGAGAUGUUGUCUUGUCUCCAGAGACAUCCAGAGCAUAUAUAA